AUGCGCUUUACAUCUUUGGUCGCUACGCUGAACAUGACUAACCUGGUUCUCGCAGUACCUGGGCAAUCUUUGUUUACAAGGGCUUCAUCUUUCCUCUGGUUUGGCUCCAAUGAAUCUGGCGCAGAAUUCGGAAACCAAAACAUCCCCGGUGUAUUGGGAAAAGAUUAUAUAUGGCCAUCCACGUCAGCAAUCCAGACUUUGCGUAGCGCUGGAAUGAAUAUCUUUCGCGUACCUUUCGCUAUGGAAAGAUUAGUGCCGGGAACGUUGACCUCUAGUAUGGAUGCAACAUACCUUUCAGAUUUGAAAAGCACGGUCAACUAUAUAACCUCCACUGGUGCCUAUGCCGUUGUUGAUCCACACAAUUUUGGGCGCUACUAUGGUAACAUUAUCACAUCCACAACUGAUUUUGGGACAUUUUGGAAGACUUUGGCGACAGAGUUUGCGUCGAAUGAGAAAGUCAUUUUCGACACAAACAAUGAGUUCAACUCGGAGGAUCAAACACUCGUCCUACAGCUCAAUCAGGCUGCCAUCAACGCCAUUCGAGCUGCCGGCGCCACCUCACAGUACAUUUUUGUGGAGGGUAACUCUUGGAGUGGAGCGUGGACAUGGCCCACUGUCAAUGACAAUAUGAAGGAUCUGACAGACCCGCAAAAUAAGAUUAUCUAUGAGAUGCACCAAUAUCUCGACUCCGAUGGCUCCGGCACCUCAGAAACAUGCGUCAGCUCAACUAUUGGCCAAGAGCGUGUUGUGGCUGCCACUCAAUGGCUCAAAGACAAUAGCAAAAGGGCUUUCCUUGGAGAAUUUGCUGGAGGCGCUAAUACCGUCUGCCAGAGUGCCGUGACUGGAAUGCUUGAUUACCUACAAGCAAACAGUGAUGUCUGGCUUGGCGCAACAUGGUGGGCUGCUGGCCCUUGGUGGGGAAAUUACAUUUACAGCUUUGAGCCUCCAUCGGGACCUGCCUAUGUCUAUUACAUGGAUCUUUUCAAGAAAUACUUCCCUGGAUCGACUAGUGGGGGCGUCACUACUGCUACCACUACCACAGGUCCAACAACCAAGGCCACAAGUACGACCGCGAUCACGACCACAACCACGGCAUCUGGAUCCACGUCGACAGCGCAGCACUACUCUCAAUGUGGUGGUAUUGGAUGGAAUGGGGCUAUAUCAUGUGUCAGCCCUUACACAUGUAAGAAGCAGAACGACUACUACUCGCAGUGUCUAUAG